AUGGCUAAGACCGCAACUGCUGGCGACAAGCCUAAGCGUGCACCUUCCGCAUACAACAACUAUGUCUCGUCGCACAUGAAGCCAUGGCUCGCUGAGAACCCUGGCAAGACCAACAAAGACGCGAUGAAGGCUAUUGGUGCUAUGUGGCAAUCCGCCGCCGAGAACCCCAACGCCGGCAAAGCAAAAGCUACCAAGGCCCCCGCCGCCAAGAAGCCUGCAUCAUCAAAAUCCAAGAAGAGCAAGAAGGAGGAGACGGUCGACGCUGACGCUGAGAACGAGGGGCCUGAGGUCGAGCCUAGCAGCGACGACUGA